AUGGUUGCCGCGGACAUCAACCUUAGGCUCCAGGUGGGCCCGGACCCGCCUGCAGAACUGCUGCCCGUCUUGGCGCCUGCCGCCAGCCCAGCGAACUCGAACCAUGCUGAAGUAGACGCUGACAGUGACGCCGGGAUGCCUUCUCUAGUGCCUGUUGAAUAUGUCAUGUCAGACAGUGAAAUCGCACAUGCCAUGUUUUACUUGACGUACCUGAGGUGGUGGCUCUCAGGCAGGGAGUAA